AUGACGCAGCUUCUCGACCUCCCUCCGGAGACGUUCAAAAACAUCGUCCACGAGCUGAACACUGAAUCUCCAAAUUCGAUCUGGAAGCUCCGGGGGGUAUGUCACACUUUCGCCGCCGAAAUCGAGCACGACUUGCUUAGCAAUCAGUCCGAAAGUGUUGUUGAUGAGAUGUAUGAAGUCAUCAACAACAAUAUGGCGAAGUACCUUCUCAACCGCAUUCACAGGCCCUCCGAUAGCGAGGAUUGCUUACUCAAGAUGCUUCGCAGUAUGGCAGACUACUUGAUGCAGGAGCUUGCGAUCCCAGAGGAAGAACGGAAGGAAACCAAGACGGGCAUGAUUGAGGGUUUUGUGCGAGUCUGUCACCCCGCAUGCAUCAACAGCGUGAUGUCGCAUAGCUCUAGAGAUACAUCUGCAUUCCGUCCGUCAUUGAGCAACAUGGAUAACGGUGCUGAGCUUGACUAUUGGCAAAAGGUCGUAGCAGCUAUGGCAUUCCUGGCACUCAACUUAGUACGGACUCUGCUGGUAGCGAUGCCUCCUGUCAUCUGGAUACCGGAAACAACCAUCGGUCGAAGUCCACUGGUGAUGGCUAUGACCGCGAAUGACGAUGGCCUCUUUGACGAAGUCAUGGGCCAUCUCAACCACCUCAGAAACACGGCCAAGCGUGAUGCUGCGUUCUGUCAGUACAACUACCGCUUCGAUGAUGCGUUUCUCGUCGCUGUGAACACUGGUAACACUCGCUUGGUUAAGGAGCUCGUUGAGUUUCGCCAGAAGCUUGGACUCGACAUUCCGACGAAUACAUACAACCAAUGGCUUGGCGCCGGCAUUGCGCGUUUGAACCCGGACAUUGUCGAGUCGGUCCUGCUUCUCGAUCCGUAUAGGAAAAAGGUCAAUUCAGUCCUCUUCACCAAGGCAUGCCGUACAGGUAAUCUCGACAUGGUCAACACGCUCCUGAAUAAAGGCAAGGUAAAUGUCGAGGACGCUCCCUCCAAAACUGUGAUGACCCACCCGCUCUUCCGUGCCAUCAAAUUUGGCACUAUGCCUAUGAUCGGCGCAGUCUUAGAUGCCGGUGCAUAUAUCAAUACCAAGGUAGAGAGGCGUAGGGAUAUAUUGCCAAUGACCUUUUGUUCGCCGAUAGAGAUGGCCUUCGAGCGCGGAGACAAGGCUGUGCUAGAAUUCCUCUUGAGUAGAGGAGCUACGAUGCCGCCUUGGGUUGACUGGCCAAGGACGAAGAGGCUAUAUAACGCGGUACCACAGGUUGCGAUUGCGAACGGGUCGAAGAAUGUUCCCAUAUGGAAGGGUAAGGGUGUCGACUGGCCGAAGUGA